AUGAAUGAGUUGGGGAGCGCGAGCUGGCCGAUCAAAAAUCGCCGGGCGACUCAAUACCUUCGUUCGGACUCGAGCAGUUAGUUUUGUAGACGACGUCGUCGUGACAGAAUCAUGGGGCUCUCAAAAUUGAUCGGAUUAAUUGCGGUGGUGAUUGGAUUAGUGACUGCUCAUCCGGGUUUUCAGCCAAACAACUACCCCCAGAAUCAAGUGAAUGCGUGGGGUCAAGCGUGUCGCAGUUUUCAACAAAAUGCGCUUCAAACGCAGGCCGCUCAAAACCAGUACUUUGCGCAGGCCUUCCCUCAGAUCGGACUCCCCCCGCUUCCGUUUGUUGAUGUGUGCUCCCAGAUUCCUGGAGGCGGAUACGGUGGUGGAUUCGGUCAAGCCAGCGCAGGAGCUUCUGCAGGAGCCUUUUCUACCGGUUCAGGUGGCCAUGUAGGAUCACUUGGUAAUCGAUUUGGAGAGGGAGGCAGCAGCGGAGGUAGCUUCCAGGGCGUAAGCGUUAGCAGUGGCCCAUCCGGAACCAGUGUGACCCAUUUCGGACCGCAAGGAGCAUCCGGAACACACUAUGGACAAAAUGGCGGAUCGUUUUCCACUGGCAACCGGUUCGGCGGAUCGAAUGGUGGAGGAGCCAGUUUCGGCUCGUUCGGAACUUCCGGAUUUGGCAAUGGCGGCGGUUCUAGCAGUUUCAGCUCAUCGUCUGGCAACGGUGGUGGAUUUGCGACGGCCAACAGAUUCGGCGAAGGUGGCGGCAAUGUUUACAGUGCCCAAGGUCCGCACGGCGCGGGUGUCAGCGUCUCCAGUACGAACGAUGGUCACGGUAAUGUGCACACGCAAGUUCACAAGCAUCAGUAUUGAAAGUGAUUUGAACUCAGCGAAAUAAAGGUCUUGCUAUUUAAAGCUAUGCGAAAAGAAAUAUCUAAUCUACAAAAAAUGAUUAUAUUUUAUUUCAUCAGAGGUAACUAACAAAAAGCAAUGUUUUCAAAAUUCAUCAGAA